CGACGAAAAAAGUACCCCUUCAGACUAUCUUCUUAUUUUUCCGGUUUUCUGAAAGUCGGUGACAAAUUUAGAAGACGUUGCCAAGUCACGCUGCGCGAUUUCUAGCAUGAGUUUGAUACAAUUUACCUAGAUGGCUUCGUUUUUGACAGUUCGUCUGCAGUGUUUGUUUUUUCCGAACGCUUUUCUCUUAUUAUUAAAUGGAAGUGGAGCCCUUAUUCAAGCUUGGCGUUUGGGGAGAAUUCUAAAAUAUAAGGCUCUGCAACGGAAACGUCGUCCACUCGGUCGAAAGUGGACUAGAGAACAUAACACUGCAGAAAAUCGAGAGAAACAUUCUUGGUACAACACCAUCCUCAAAGAGGCUGCAGUCUCUGACCACUACACCUUAAUUACUGCAACAAGAAUGACUCCUACCAUUUUUGAGGGGCUGCUUCAACGGAUUGCACAAGUUGGGCACAAACAAGACACCACGUUCAGGAAGUGUAUUCCACUGGGUGCGCGCCUGGCCAUGUCUCUUCAUUACUUUGCAACUGGGGACAGCUUGCAGUCCAUCGCUUUCGGAUUCCGGAAAAUGUUCUUCUUACUAAAAGAGAGUUAAAAAUUAGUGAAAAGUUAUAUAUUGAUGAGUUUUAAUUACUAAAAAUACAACACUUACCUUUUGGGCAUAUUAUUAGGACACGAAUUUCUCUUUGUAGCACUUUUAUUAAGCACCUUCCUGGGAGAUUUACU